UCCACGAUCGGAGGAUUCUCUUCUCAGAUACGAAAAUGGCUGUACAGUGGCUUCUGGUGUAUCACGGGAUGGUGACAUUAACGGUGGUCAUCUCCUUCCUCUGCGGUCAAUGGCCAAUCUUCAAAGGCACACCUUUUCAAUGGAUUCACUACUUCCUCACUUUCGGAGCCUACGAUUACUUACUGAGAUUUGUUGGAGUGGUGUUUGGUUCCAAGGGCACGGACGUUAUUCUCUCUGUUGAACAUCUCUGUUGCGAGCGUCCUAAUCCAAUACUGCAAAUCAUAUACAUUGCAAUGAUCGGAUCAAUAUACUUUUUGACUGCAAAAUCUUCCUUCAUCUAUAUACCUGGAUAUUAUAUUGGCGAUGUUCACAAGUACACGAGCUUUCUGGCCGUUAUAAUGGGUGUCAUACUUUUCUUAUUAACAAGCUUUUCUGAUCCAGGUACCGUGAAUGCUGCGAAUGUUUCACACUACAUUUCUGCUUACCCUUACGAUGAUAUCAUUUACUCUGAGAAAGAAUGUUCUACAUGUAAAAUCCCAAAGCCUGCAAGAUCCAAGCAUUGCAGCAUAUGCAACCGCUGUGUAGCCCGGUUUGACCAUCAUUGUGGGUGGAUGAAUAACUGUAUUGGAGAAAGGAACACCAGAUAUUUCGUAGCUUUCCUCUUUUGGCAUUUCCUUCUUUGCUUGUACGGAACAAUAGCCAUUGGGUUUAUUCUGGCCGGGCGAGUAAAAGAACUUCGUGUUUUACAUAUUUUAACAGUUUAUUACGGUGUAGAGAAUUCUUUUCGCAGCUUAGCUCCCCGAGUUUUACAGUGGCUAGUUGGUACAUACAACACCCAAAUACUCCUAAUGGUGUUUCUCGCCAUUGUUUCUCUCCUCCUUGCUGGCUUCUUCGCUUACCACUCAAAACUCUGCUUUACUAACACAACUACUAAUGAGACAUUUAAGUGGAGAGAGUACAUAAGCUUGAGGAAGAAGCUUAAUGAAGCAAAAGCGAGCUCUGCGGCUCUCAAGACGGGAGUGCCAAGUGAACCAAAGAAGCCAUCAGCGAAACGGAAAUGCUUGGGGCUUUGUGGAAGAUCCGAGUCAGAGGCUAAAGCCGAAGAAGCUAUACCGAAACGGAAUUUGUAUGAUAGAGGAAGUUUCCAGAACGUUUCUGAGAUUGUUUUCCCUUUAUCGUCAAGACCGUCUACUUCUUGCAAAUCAAAACGUAAAUGUGAAUAAUUAAGUCUUUGUAUGUGUAGUUAGCUUAACUACUUCCAAGCUUUUGGUUGCUUUAGUGACUAGUUCAUGUUCUUUGAUUCUUAAUGCUACUUAAGAGUUUUACUUGUUA